GGGGUCAAAGAGUCGCAUGAAUUGCCCUUCAAAAUCCCUCUUUAACUGCUCUGUAUGAUACAUAGCCAAAGCCAAAGCCAAAGCCAAAGCCAAAAACCCUUUACAGUAGGAUAGAAUUGCCCUUCCCUGUAGAAUAAGAUGACCCUUCUCUUAUUUUCUUUUUCUUUUUAAUUUUGUAUAGUGAGUGUUUGUGUCCUUAUCUUCUUGUGAGUUGAAAGGGUCACCACAACAACGAUCUUACAAUCUGUGGAAACUUUACCUUCUCCUAUCUCUUUUGCUCUCUCGCAUUUUCUGAAAGCAUGUUUGUGGCUGAGGCUGUUGGAUCUUCCUUCAUUGGUGUGUUGAUUGACAAGUUGAUCGCCUCCCCCCUGUUAGAGUACGCUCGCCGGAAAAAAGUCGACAGAACACUCGAAGAAUGGAGGAAGACGUUGACCCAUAUUGAAGCAGUGGUGGAUGAUGCUGAGAACAAGCAGAUCAGGGAGAAAGCAGUGAAAGUUUGGCUGGAUGACCUCAAAUCUUUGGCUUAUGACAUUGAAGAUGUGGUGGAUGAGUUUGAUACUGAAGCCAAGCAAAGGAGUUUGACAGAAGGCCCUCAAGCCAGCACAAGUAAGGUACGCAAGCUCAUCCCAACUUUUGGUGCUUUGGAUCCUAGAGCUAUGUCCUUUAACAAAAAGAUGGGUGAAAAAAUAAACAAAAUCACAAGGGAGUUAGAUGCAAUUGCCAAACGGAGACUUGACCUUCAUCUGAGGGAGGGUGUUGGAGGGGUGUCCUUUGGAAUUGAAGAAAGGCUACCGACUACUUCUUUAGUAGAUGAGUCUCGUAUUCAUGGUAGGGAUGCUGAUAAGGAGAAGAUCAUUGAAUUGAUGCUGUCAGAUGAAGCAACCCAGGUCGAUAAAGUUUCUGUCAUUUCCAUAGUCGGCAUGGGUGGGAUUGGCAAGACAACCCUCGCUCAGAUCAUCUACAAUGACGGCAGGGUGGAGAACCAUUUUGAAAAGAGAGUUUGGGUUUGUGUUUCGGACGAUUUUGAUGUUGUAGGGAUAACUAAAGCAAUUCUUGAGUCCAUCACAAAAUGUCCAUGUGAAUUUAAAACCUUGGAAUCGCUUCAAGAAAAAUUGAAGAAUGAAAUGAAGGAUAAAAGAUUUCUCCUUGUUCUAGAUGACGUAUGGAACGAGAAAACUCCCCGUUGGGAUCUCCUACAAGCUCCUUUUAAUGUCGCAGCACGAGGCAGCGUGGUCUUAGUAACAACUCGCAAUGAAACUGUGGCGGCAAUUAUGCGAACGACAACUUCUUCUCAUCAGCUCGGUCAAUUAGCUGAAGAACAAUGUUGGUUAUUGUUCGCACAAACAGCCCUUACAAAUCUAGAUUCAAAUGAAUGCCAAAAUUUGGAAUCAACCGGUAGGAAGAUAGCCAAAAAAUGCAAAGGUCUACCUUUGGUGGCGAAGACACUUGGAGGUUUAUUACACUCUAACCAAGAUAUCACGGCUUGGAAUGAAGUGUUAAACAAUGAAAUAUGGGAUUUGUCAAAUGAGCAAAGUAGUAUUCUUCCUGCUUUGAACUUGAGUUAUCAUUAUCUCCCUACAACAUUGAAGCGAUGUUUUGCGUAUUGUUCCAUAUUCCCCAAGGACUAUGUGUUUGAAAGGGAGAAGUUAGUAUUAUUAUGGAUGGCUGAAGGCUUCUUAGAUGGCUCCAAAAGAGGGGAAACUAUAGAACAGUUUGGGAGGAAAUGUUUCAAUAGUCUACUGUUAAGGUCGUUCUUUCAACAAUACGAUAACAAUGAUUCUCAAUUUGUGAUGCAUGAUCUGAUUCAUGAUUUGGCACAAUUUACAUCAGGAAAAUUUUGUUUUAGAUUGGAGGUUGAACAACAAAAUCAAAUUUCUAAGGAGAUUCGACAUUCUUCGUAUACUUGGCAACAUUUCAAAGUCUUCAAGGAAGCUAAAUUAUUUCUUAACAUCUAUAAUCUUCGGACCUUCUUACCACUACCUCUUUAUUCUAAUUUAUUGUCCACUCUCUAUUUAAGCAAGGAGAUCUCACAUUGUUUGUUGUCAACAUUGAGGUGUUUGCGGGUUUUGUCUUUGAGUCACUAUGACAUUAAAGAAUUGCCCCACUCGAUUGAAAAUUUGAAACACCUACGCUAUCUGGACCUCUCUCAUACUCGAAUUAGAACACUACCUGAAUCAAUAACUACUCUUUUCAACUUGCAAACGUUGAUGCUAUCAGAGUGUAGAUUUCUUGUUGAUUUGCCAACAAAAAUGGGAAGACUAAUCAACUUGCGUCAUCUCAAAAUUGAUGGGAUUAAGCUAGAAAGGAUGCCAAUGGAAAUGAGUAGAAUGAAAAAUCUUCGAACGUUGACUGCUUUUGUUGUCGGUAAGCAUACAGGAUCAAGAGUUGGGGAAUUGAGGGACCUUUCACACCUUACUGGUACACUUGCCAUUUUCAAGUUGCAAAAUGUGGCAGAUGCUAGAGAUGCCUUGGAGAGUAAUAUGAAGGGUAAGGAGUGCCUUGACAAGUUAGAAUUGAAUUGGGAAGAUGAUAAUGCAAUUGCCGGUGAUUCACAUGAUGCAGCAAGUGUGCUGGAAAAGCUGCAGCCUCAUAGCAACCUGAAAGAACUCUCCAUUGGAUGCUACUAUGGUGCAAAAUUUCCAAGCUGGUUAGGGGAACCUUCAUUCAUCAACAUGGUGCGUCUACAACUCUCUAACUGUAAAAAUUGUGCAUCCUUGCCACCUCUUGGACAGCUACGGUCUCUCCAGAACCUCUCCAUUGUGAAGAAUGAUGUUCUGCAAAAGGUGGGGCAGGAGUUUUAUGGGAAUGGGCCUUCUUCAUUUAAGCCAUUUGGAAGCCUGCAGACUCUGGUGUUCAAGGAGAUAUCAGUGUGGGAGGAAUGGGAUUGUUUUGGAGUGGAAGGGGGGGAGUUCCCUCAUCUCAAUGAGCUCCGUAUUGAGAGUUGUCCAAAGCUGAAAGGGGAUUUGCCCAAGCACCUUCCUGUUUUAACAAGUCUGGUAAUUUUAGAAUGUGGGCAAUUGGUGUGUCAGCUUCCAGAGGCACCGUCCAUUCAGAAACUGAAUUUAAAAGAAUGUGAUGAGGUAGUGUUGAGAAGUGUUGUCCACCUGCCUUCAAUAACAGAGUUGGAAGUGAGUAAUAUUUGUUCCAUACAAGUGGAAUUGCCAACGAUUUUGCUUAAGCUCACAUCUCUCCGGAAGUUGGUUAUCAAGGAAUGUCAGAGUCUUUCCUCUCUUCCAGAGAUGGGGCUGCCCCCCAUGCUUGAAACCCUUCGAAUAGAAAAGUGCCACAUUCUAGAGACCCUACCAGAGGGAAUGACUCUUAAUAAUACCAGUCUCCAGAGCUUGUACAUAGAAGAUUGUGAUUCUCUUACGUCUUUGCCCAUCAUCUCUUCAUUGAAAUCACUUGAAAUCAAGCAGUGUGGGAAAGUAGAGUUACCCCUUCCUGAGGAGACCUCGCACAACUAUUACCCUUGGCUUACCAGUUUACAUAUAGAUGGAAGUUGUGAUUCUCUCACGUCCUUUCCAUUAGCCUUCUUCACAAAGCUUGAGACACUCUAUAUCGGGUGUGAAAAUCUGGAGUCCUUUUACAUUCCAGAUGGACUUCGCAACAUGGAUCUCACAUCUCUCCGAAGAAUUGAAAUCUACGAUUGCCCGAAUCUGGUGUCUUUUCCACAAGGAGGAUUGCCAGCUUCCAACCUGAGAAACCUUGAGAUCUGGGUAUGCAUGAAGCUUAAGUCACUGCCCCAACGGAUGCACACUCUCCUUACAUCGCUUGAAAAUUUGACGAUAGAUGAUUGUCCAGAAAUUGUUUCAUUUCCGGAAGGGGGUUUGCCGACUAAUCUAUCUUCACUUUAUAUAUGGGACUGCUACAAGCUUAUGGAAUCUCGGAAGGAAUGGGGCUUACAAACACUUCCCUCCCUUGGACGAUUGGUUAUCGCUGGAGGUACAGAAGAAGGGUUGGAGUCAUUUUCCGAGGAGUGGCUGCUGCUGCCCUCCACUCUCUUCUCUCUCGAGAUUCGUAGUUUUCCAGAUCUGAAAUCCCUAGACAAUCUGGGGCUUGAGAACCUCACAUCUCUCGAACGUCUCGUGAUUAGUGACUGCGUUAAGUUAAAGUCCUUUCCGAAACAGGGGCUGCCCGCCUCCCUCUCUAUUCUCGAGAUUCAUAGAUGUCCUGUGCUGAAAAAACGGUGCCAAAGGGAUAAAGGGAAAGAAUGGCGCAAGAUUGCUCAUAUCCCCCGCAUAAAAAUGGAUGGCGAAGUCAUGGACUGAUGAGGAUGCCAAGUUUGAAUCAGGUACUUUACUUGAGUCUAAAAUUUGAAGAAUUGAAGUAUGGAAUUAGAGAGAGAUUUGUUAUGAUUUGAAAGGUGGUGAUCCAUGACCUCCCUUGAAAAUUUGGUGUCAGAUUGAGUACAAGAAAUCAGCACUUGCUAAGGUUGUUGACUCUCACAAGGCUUUGAUGGGAAAUGCUCUUAUUUCUUGGGACUUCUAGAGGGGGUUUAGCAGUUUUCUUUUGUCUGCAAGGGAUUUUUUAUGGCAUUGAAGGUUGUUAUCUAGAAAACCCAGUACCAGACUGUAUUAAUCUUCAUUGUGUUAUAGCUGGAUGAAACUUUCUAAGAAAAUAUUCAUAACAAAGCGUCAUUUAUAUGCUUUGCUUUUAUGUAGACUUUUAUUGAUAUUGACACUAUGAGGUUAGCAAUAGCCUGCAGAAAAUGAAUGGAACUGGAAUUGGAUCCCAA